AUGCUGGCGUUAUUCACGGCUGCGGUAUUGUGCUGCUGCGAAAGGCAACGCAGUGGGAAGUAUGCAGUGAAGCAGAAGGAACUAGAACGAGGACAUCAUAUCGACGUCGAAGAACACCAGUAA